CAGGUAUUUUUUGCAGUUCAAUAAAAUCGUGGCUGCGUGGCAUUGCAUUUGCACAGCACACUCGAGCACAUUACAUCCAACUACAUAAUAGUACAUAUUAGUACAUUUUGGUACAGAAGGUCGAAGAUAUAAUGAAAAGUGUGUUUCCGCUAUCUCGUGUUUGUGGCGUGUGAAAUUUGGAAGUUGUGAACUUUACAUAAUCUUCAUUUUUAUCGUAUAUAUUUCACUUCUUGCAUAAAAUGGCUUAUCAAACUUUUCAAACAGAGUACAUGCAAAUGCCUCCCGUAACAAGAGCUUAUACAACGGCUUGUGUACUUACUACGUUGGCAGUUCAAUUGGAUAUUAUAACUCCGUUUCAGUUGUAUUUCAAUCCUGAGUUGAUAUUCAAACAGUACCAGGUCUGGAGGCUAUUUACAAAUUUUUUGUUCUUUGGCACAGUUGGAUUCAAUUUCUUAUUUAACAUGAUAUUUACAUAUCGUUAUUGUAGAAUGCUAGAAGAAGGUUCUUUUCGUGGAAGAACAGCAGAUUUUGUUUUCAUGUUCAUAUUUGGUGCUAUCUUAAUGAUUCUUAUUUCCUUAGGAAUAAACAUUGUGUUUCUUGGUCAAGCAUUUACAAUAAUGUUGGUAUAUGUUUGGAGCAGACGUAAUCCUUAUGUAAGAAUGAAUUUCUUUGGAUUAUUAAAUUUUCAAGCUCCCUAUCUACCAUGGGUCUUGUUUGGCUUCUCUCUUAUGCUUGGAAAUUCUGUUGUUGUUGAUUUGAUGGGCAUUGCUGUUGGACAUAUUUAUUAUUUCCUUGAAGAUGUGUUUCCUGAGCAAUCUGGAGGAUUUAAAAUAUUAAAAACACCUUCAAUAUUACGAAGUUUAUUUGAUGGGGCACCAACUGAUCCAAACUAUCAACCAAUGCCUGAAGAUCGACCUGGUGGUUUUCAAUGGGGUAUGCAGAAUGACCCUGAUGGUAGAUAAUGAUAGCAGAUUUUAGUCGCCUGUUCAUUGCAAUCAAUAUACUUUCAUAUCUUUUCAACAUCCAUAUAAGUUAUAAAGGUCUCUGUAAAGUCCCAUUGUCAUUUGUUGAAUGUGUGAAGAAAGAUAUAAUGAAACAACAUUGUGAAGAUAUUUUUCAUGCCCUUAAUUAUAAUUUAUUGAUCUCUACAAAUACAGUAAUUUUAUUUCUUUAUGGUUUCCAUACAUAAAUAAAAUUUUUAAGUUUUAUGUAGCUUUUGUUUUUGCAUGUAAUAUUUUUUAUGUAUUUGAAAUGAUUAUGAAGUAGUGUAGUAUGAAAUAUAGAAUAUGAAGUUAUGGUGUAUGAAAUAGAGUAUGAAGUGUAAAGUGGAAACACCAGUACAAUUAUUAUUGUUGACGACGCCA